GGAGUCCAGCGCAUAGAACCAUGAACACCAUAAACCUUCUAAUUACUACCCUUUGACAUCUUCCCACAUUUCUUUGUUUGGCACCUGGCCACUGUGACCUUCUAAUGUGAAAUUAAGAUGUUCUUUCCUACCUCCGAUCAAUACCAAACCAGCAUAAGAAAGACGAUAGCUGGAAACAUACGGCGGAAUGUAGGUCAUUGGGGCCUUGGAUUACACAAUCCGUUCUACCUUCUGGGAUGGACUUUUUAUUAUGCUCGGCCCCGCAUCUGGGCUGGCAGCACUGCGAGGACAAGGCAAUUACAACGUAGAAAAUACUUAUGAGUAUGCUUUAGCACGGCACCGUCAACUAUAUAAUGCCAAGGUCGAGGCAUAUAGCUUGCUCGCCUUUAGAGAGGCGGAUGGUGUGUUAGCCGAGCUCAACACAUGGCCUUCGGCUCGUGUCCUCACAUAUGGCGCUUUAGCGCCCACAAAUUCAACUGCGAAACAUGUUGUACUGUACUUGAGAAGUACUAUACCCCAUCACUGCGACGUCUUUCGUCGACUCAAAGCCAGGAUCGCAUAGGACUUGGAGCUGAAGGCGAAGGCGGGUCAGAGAGUAUCAACUAUUCUUGAUCCUCCUCCGUAGCCUAUUGUCUUAUAGAGCACUAGACAAGCUGUGCCAACCCGAGUUGCAGUUCAGGCCAAAUACUGCGAAAUAAUAGCAACUUCAGCAUCACUUGGUGAAACUGCCAAGAUUGUUACGCAAGCCAUAGGCAAGAAACUAGCGAAAUCGCUUUAAAUCAUGCAAGAUGACACAUCAUUGAUAGGCACAAGCCAUUGCAAAUAUGAAGUCUUGAUGCAUUACUAGCCAUUGAGCUGAAGAAUUGGAUAUUUAAGGAAUUCGUCGCUGAAGUUGCGGCACUUGAGACACCAGGGUGUUUGGAGACAUGGAGCAGAUGGGUAGUUGGGAGGAGUUCCAUUAGACAUGAUAAGUGGACAGCCUGGGGCAAUGAGAAAGAAGAAUGAGUCUGUAACUUUUCUAAGCCACCAUAGCGUCUAAAGAUUUUUGAUCACAGACUUUGG